AUGUUGAUCUCUAUUGAGGUCAAGACACACGAGAACUAUGGAGCUGGACUCCUUAGAUUUCAUCAAUAUUGUGACUCGAGGAGGAUCCUGGAGCAGUUAUGCAUGCCGGCACCAGACCACCUCUUGGCCUCAUUCAUUGCAUCAUGGGCCAGGAAAGUUGCAAGCUUGACCAUCCACAACUGGCUUGCCGGUAUCCACUUCUGGCAUAACCUCCAUGGUGCACCUUGGCAUGGUAGAGUACUACUGCGUACAGCAACUUCCGGUCUUGCUAAGGUGGUUCUGCCAUCUUCAAAGAGACCAUGUAGACCUCCAGUUACCCUAGAACACAUGCACACUCUCGUUCGCCUUCUUGACUUAUCCAAUGCUUUUGAUGUGGCUGUUCUUGCUGUCACUUCCACCGCUUUUUGGUCUUGCUGCAGACUUGGGGAGUUGUUAAUUGACUCUGCUAAUUCCUUUGAUUCUACGCGUCAUGCACCACGAAAUUGGACUAAGACAACACAUGGUGAAGGCACAAACCUUAUUGCUUCAGGGGUGGAGGACCCCUCAAAUCUGGUUUCAGCGAUCAUGCAUCACCUCUCAGCCAAUGCUUCAGUACCUGAUUCAGCUCCCUUCUUCGCAUUCGAAACAGAUCAAGGCAGCUGGGCGCCCAUGAUAUGGACUUGGUUCGUUAACCGCUGUAAUGAAAUCUGGAAGAUCGCUGGCCUCCCUGGGUUAUCGGGACAUUGUUUUAGGAUUGGUGGAGCCACAGAACUGCUCUUGAGAGAAACACCACCUGAUGUAGUUGCAAUGCAAGGGAGAUGGAAGUCUAGAGCCUUCCUCGAGUAUUGGAGAAAGACUGAUUUGAUUUUGCCAGUUUUUAUAACUUCAUCCUUUUCAGAUUCCCGUAUUGCAAUGAUAAAUUCUUCUAUGAACGCCUUUUCUCGUCGUUACCAGUAG